AUGGUCUCCACAACAGUGCAAGAAGUACUACAAUGUCGCCGUAGAGGAUCCACAACGCUCCAACUCCUUCUGGAUCAUAUGCACACAUCACCUGGUACAGGAGGAACCGAUGAUGGAUUGCCUCGUGCGCUGGCCGGCAUUACCAAAGUGCGACGAGUCGAGAUACCGCUACAACCCUUUUACAUUACCGAACCGCAGUGGGACUAUGUCCAGAUUGCCGAUAUCUUUCGGGCUCUCGGCGAACUGGAACUACUGGAUAGCAUCACCAUCAAGGCACGAACCUUGGAGGGAAACCCCUUUCCCAUUGGAUUACUAACGUGCCUAUUAAAACCACGGCGGCAUCGACUGCGCUAUUUGCAUUUGGAUGUCCAGCGCAUUCAGUGCUUAUCACGAGCAACCCGACGGUUGGCACUGGCACUGCAAACAUGUACAUGUCUAGAAUGGGUCAAACUCAAGUACUGCAAGCUCUUGACGAACAGCAACAACGACAACAACGACAAUAAUACGGCCUUGGCAGACUUGUUGGACGGACAUCAGCAGGAAGUAGUGGACUUUACUGCCAUGGAUCCCAUCUUGUCUAGUUUGGGAAAGAUAACCACUCUGAAGCAUCUGCAGUUGGUGGGGACAUCCGAAGGAGAGGACAAUGAAUUUGCCUUUGAUGACGAUGAGAACGAAGUCUUUCCUACCAUUGGUCCAGGAGCGCUCGUGGAACUUUUAAGCUCUUCCAGUUUACAAGAACUGAGGCUCGAGUGGAUCGACCUGGACGGUGCCACCAUUGGCAGUCUCUCCACAGCCUUGCGGUCGACGAGCCGUCUCCAAAAGCUCGUUCUGGGACUCUUUCCCGAAGACAAAUCAUCGUUCAAAGCGUUUGCGGGCAUGCUCCAGCACAAUCAGACUCUGGAGGUCGUCCACAUACACACUGCCUGGAGAUCUGCCGAGCUCUCCCCGUUGUUUGGUAGUAGUAUUGUUACUACAGCCGCCAAGAACCCGACCGAUGUUUCCAUGGAAAAGUUCCUGGUCCUAGUGGGGCAGGCCCUCCGACGCAACACCCGCCUUUCCGAGUUUCAUUUGUGCGGACCCACCAUGGAAGAUUGCUGGAGUUCCAACGCAGAAGAAGCACUCGUGGCAGCCUUGAAGUCGUCCAAUGUGGUCUUGAAAUCUCUCAAGAUUGGGAACGAGGACAGUGAUGAAGGAGAGAUUGGUGGCCCCAUCGAGUACUAUCUAAAACUCAACAAGCUCAAUCGAAAACACUUUGUCCAUCGAUAUGAACAAGUGACUGCAGAAGAAUGGAUUUCCGUGUUGGCCAAUGCAGGAUCGGAUCUAAACUCGGUGUUUUACUUUCUUCGACUCAAUCCUUUGCUGUGCAUGGGUAGGGCAAACAGCAGCAGCAACAACAACAAUGGGAGAGGCCAUUACUUAUCAACAACAACACAACCGAGAGUGGCUACUUCGGGUCGUAUUCUCACCCUACCAUCGUCUGCUAGCAUCGUACCGGGGAGCAACGAACGAACCAGCGCAUUGACGCAAGCGGUAGCAAACAUGAUUGAAAACGUGGCGUCCACAAUGGAGAUUGAGUUGCAGUAUCGCGAUGAACGGGAACGAAAGCUGGAAGAAGAAGUGGAACGACUGAAGCGAGAGUUGGCCACCUUGAAACGGAGGUCGCGGAGGUAG